GCUAGACUGGGCCACCUCGGACAGCCGGCAGGCCGGCGGUCGUCUCAUAUCGGCUGCGAUACCGGUCGCGGCUUGCUGCUCGUCCCGCACGGGCGGUGAGGCAGUGAAACUGUUUUAACAGACGAGUGGGCCCGCAGCAGUAAAAACCGGCGCGCGCAGCGCAGCGCACGCGGCAAACAACCAUGUCAGGCCUCCGCCGGAAACCGCUUACCCCCAAAAGCCCAAAUGUCGCCGCCGCCGCACCGCCCAAGUCGCGCUCGCCCGUGCGCCGGCGCCCCUCGCCACCCUCAAAACAAGCCGGCGACCCGCUCCAGCUCCAGGCGCGCCUGGCCGCCUCGGAGAUGAAGCGCGCGCAGCUCGAGCGCGAGAACGCUCUACUAAAAAACGACGCGGAAAAAAAGGCGGCGACGAUCGCCACGCUGCGCGCCGAGCUCGCGGCGGCGCGGCGCGCGGCCGUCGCCGCCGCGGCGCCGGCGCCGGCCGCCGCGGCAGCGGCGGCGGCCGCCGUCCGGGCGCCGCCGGUCGCGUCGGUGAGCUCCGACGACUCCGCCGAUGUUGUACCACCGCCGCUGCCGCCGCCCGCGGACUUUGCGGCGGGUGCCCUGAGCGGCCGCGUGAACCCCACGGGCGCGGUCCUCGACGGCCGCCACGCGCCGCGCGCGUCGAGCGCGCUUUACGUGCCCGCCAAGCUCGCGGCGCCCACAAAGGCCGCGCCGGCGUCGCCCGACGUCCGCGUGCUCGCCGAGGGCUUCGUGCCCAUCGAGGCCGAGGUCGAGGCCGCCGUCGAGCCGCUGCCGCCGCCGCCCGCGGAGGCGCCGCCGGCCAGGACGCUCCGGCGGUCGCCCCGCGCGCCCACGCCGCCGCCGCCGCCACCGGCCGACGCCGCCGAGGCGCCACCGCCGCAGAAGGCCAAGCGCGCCACCGCGGCGCCGCCGCCCAAGGCGCCGCGCCGGUCGCCGCGCGCCCCUACACCGCCGCCGGCCGCCGAGGCGCCGCCACCGCCACCGAAGGUCCAGCAGCGCAUCCCCAAGAAGGCGGCGGCGCGGCGGCGGCGCAGCGUGCGCCUCGCGCGGGCCGACGCCGACGAGUCGCCCGCCGCGGCGGACGAGCCCCCGCCCGCGCCGACGCCGGCGAAGCCGGCGUCGGAGGAACCCACGCCGACGCCUACACCGGCCAAAGCGAAGCCGGCGUCGGCGAGGAAAGCGCCUGCGGACGCGCCCGCGCCCACGCCGGCCAAAACAACGCCCGCGCCGACGCCCACGCCGGCCAAGUCCGCGAAGAAGAGGGUCGUUAUCCGAGCGAAGUCGCCGGCCAAGCCGCGCACGCCCGCGAAGACGCCCGCGAAGACGCCAACCAAGAAGCCGUCGCCGCGGUCCCUCGUCGCGUCCGCGGCCACGGCCUGGUCGGCCUCGGCCAAGAAGGCGUCGGCGCACAAGGGCCGGCGGUCGCUCUCGUCGCCGGCGCGGACGCGCGCGCCCACGCCGACGCCGCAGAAGGCGGGCCGUCGCCGCCGGUCGCGGUCGCCGCCGCCUCCGACACAACAGACGACGCCGGCGAAGCCGACGCCGCGCCGCAGCGCCCGGCGGUCGCGGUCGCCGCCGCCGCCGACGCCGACGACGGUGGCCACCGACGACUACGCGGGCGUGCUGGCCUGGGACGGGAACGACGACGGCGUGCUGGCCUGGAGCCCGCGAUCAUCAGCGUCGCCCUGGUCGAAGCCCGCCAAGACGCCGACGCCGCCCAAGGCCAGCACGCCCCUCUCGAAGCCGCUGUCGGGCCCGCGGCUCUCCGAGGACGACUAUUAUGAUGGAGGCGUGCUGGCUUGGGACGGCGACGACGCCGGCGCCGGCGUGCUGGCCUGGAGCCCGCGCGCGUCGCUGGCGUCGCGGCCGCGCGCGUCCGUGGCGUCGCGCGCGUCGACGGCGGCGCCGGCGUCUCCAUCAGUGGCGUCGCCGCGGCCGGCACCUCCGUCAAUGACGCGCCCGGGCUUCGCCGCGGCGACGGCCGCGGCCCGGGCCUUCGGAGAGGCGUCCGUCGAUAAAGCAUUGGAGCCCUGGGCGGCCGCGGCGUGCGCCGCCGAGGCGUGCGUCGCGCCACCCGUAACACAGGGCCGCGUGCGGUUUCGGCGGUGCGACUUCUCCAGCGUGGCGCCGCCCUGCGACGUUGCGAGAGGUUCGGAGCGCGAGACGGAGGCCGCCGUUACGGCUCUAGGCAAGGCGGCGGCCGCGGGCGACGCGUUAAGUGCAGCGAUACGGACGGCGCCCGACACGAUGGACGCCGCGCGCGCGCUGCGGGAGUCCUUGCGGCGGGUCUCGCAUAUGAAUGGAGAGACGGGCGGCGCCGCGGCCUUCUGGGGCGCCGAGCUCGACGCCAUCCUGCGCGAUAGGAGAGACGCGUCGCCCGUCCGUCAAAGAUUGGGCGAGCUCUGCGUCUCCGGGCUGCGGUUCCACUUGAGGCGACUCCUCAAUCAACCACCAGUCCCGCAGAACCCGGCCACCGACGGCGCGAUCUACGACUGGUCUCGCUCUAGGGUUCAUACUUUCUUGCGGGUCGAGAUUUCUGUGAACGGUGAGCCGUCGGAGGGCGCCCUCGCGACGGAACUUGCUGGUGCUUUGGUAGAUCUGAGCCGCGCGACUCUUGCGAGAGCUGCACCGGAGAGCACGGGUCUCCAGAGAGUCGACGACCUCUCGGCGUUAGCGCGCGGUGCGUUGGCACAUGCCUUCCUCCACACCCUGCUGACGUGGCCUUUUCUGGACGAGGCCGUCGUCGAAGCGGGCGGCUGGGCGCCCGUGGAACGAUUGGCGGCGGUCCUCGUGGUGCAUGCUCCGUCCGCGUUCGAGGUCUGGGCGCCGCUCGCGGACGUGAGCUCCUUGCGCGCGCGGUUGAAAGCGGGCCUCGGUCCCUCGGAAAAUGAGAAGCGCGCGGCGCUGCGCGCGUUGCAAGCUCUCGGCCGCGGCGCCGACGCCGUGGUCGCGCGCGAGGCCGUCCGGGCGAACGCGGCGGCCUUCGCCUACGCGGAGUGCUGCCCGGCCGAGGCGGAGGAGUGAGUAAGAGAGAGACUCAUUA